AUGAAGACACCAAGCACCACACUGCUUUUCAUUGUCUUUGCCGCGUCUGUUGUAAGACCGGAAGAUAUUUCUCCGCGAGAUAUGGAUGCCCAGAAACUCUGUGGAGACCUUGAAGUCAUGAAGAUGGACGUCAAUCAGCUCCCUAGCGGCAUAUCCCUAGACAACGUCCGGAUGUGUGAAGAGCACCCUCUCACUCAGGAUGACAUUGAUAUAUUGGAUGGGGCAUCUCUAGCUCCCGCUGAUCUUGUUAUUACGCCGCCCCUUAUGGCUGUACCAGGGGCUAUUGCUGGAAGGCCUGUGAUGAUGACGGCAAAUGGUGUUGGACUGCUUCUCAGGGUGGAUACGGUGCUUGGGCAACAUGCAAAACUUUUGAAGACUGCGGCUUAGAUGAUGAUGAUUUUGGUUGUGGGAAACGUUGCCAACGUUGCGGCUGUGGUUGUUAAUGGGAGGCUGGAUGUAUGUUGGAAG